CUAUAAUAACCGAUGAAUUACAAACCAAUAGAUUGAUUAUUUAUUUCAUUAUGUCCCAUUUAUAAACUUUUAAGAUUAGAUAUGGUGGCAAGUAUGUAUUUGCCCGAUGUAAGUACAUGUUACUUAGAGGAAAAUCUAGAGGUGGCUGCCUGUUGUGAGUGGGGGCUGCAUAUUGAUUGUAAAUCGGAGAAUUAAACUUUAUCAACCAAAGAAAUAACAACUAGAAGGCCAGAUUACUGUUUAUAAAUGCGGUGAUACGUCCCGUCCAAUUAAUGCAUGUAUUUAAUGCCACGGGUCAGGAUUAUUUUGAAAAACAUCGAUAUGUACCAAAAUUAUCGAAAUCGCUUUUGGAUUUAGUAGCACAUGGUUAUAACUGUUUUAUAGUGAAGAUUUGAAUUUUCUGAAACACUUUCAACGAUGAUGGAGUGUACUGUGUGCUUUUUAGACUUGGAAUGACUACUACCAUAUUGUUUCUCGAGUGUUGAUUAUAAAUACAUUGAAGGGGAGUAAUUCGUAAAAACAAAAAAUUAACUUUGCAAAAUCUUAAAAGUAUUUUGUUAGAAAAUCAGUGUUUAAACCCAGGCGAGCUAUUGUCCUUGUCUGUGAGUGGGGGUGAAUCCUAUUUAAUAAUUAGGCGUUAACAAAACUGUCAAAUCUUCUUUUUGGAGUAUCAUCGAUUCUUUGAAAGGAUAUCUGACUACACAGGGUCCGAACAAUAUAUGGCCUGGCAACAGACGGUGUAGGGUCGAUGUUCGAAUCAUCUUUACUUUUCCAAUCAAUUCUUUCUCUUCUAAAGCAAAGCAGUAGUUAGUGUUAAUUUUAGGCUUCUUUGGACACCCAGAUAUGAUUACAUCAGACGUUGUAUUAUGAGUGGGUACGAAUUCGACAAUCCCAACCUCCCUCUUUGCACCAGUGACAGCUUGAAAAUGAAAUACAUGGGAAAUUCUGAUCCUAAGCUUUCGCCAGUUUCUGAUAAAAAUUCCAAAAAUGAAUCAAAACUCACACUUGGACAAAAAAUUGACUACAGAAGGGAACUCAUCCAACGGCGGCGUUACAUCGUGGAUACUGAAUUUACCCUCGCCAUGAUUGGAAUCAUUCUUAUGGUGGUGGAGACGGAGUUAUUUAUUAGUUAUGGUGUGGAGAAAAUAAGUAUUGCCUCAAUCACACUGAAAGGAAUCAUAUCCGUAACUACACUUGGCUUACUUUUUUUCAUAUGUUUGAACUAUUACACAGGAGCUAAAAUAAAAAUGCUGGAUGCAGGGUUGAAGGAAUGGCACAUGGCGAUGUCAAAUUGGCAUUGGUUUGGCCUAGUUCUAGAGCUCCUCAUCUGCAGCAUCCACCCUUUUCCCGGUAAUAUUCAAUUGCCGUAUCUUUCCCCGGACGGAGUGAGUCACACUGUCAGCUUUGAUGCCGUGCUGUCCAUCGUGAUGGUCGCACGUCUUUAUCUGGUGGCCAAAUUUGCCGUCGUCCACAGUGUCUUGCUGACGGACAGAUCCAUUUACAGUAUUGGGGCUCUUAGUAAGGUGAAAAUCAACACCCUGUUUGUGUUUCGAGCCGCUAUGAGAAACCGUCCUGGACAACUUCUUCUCUUGGUGAUGAUAUCAACGUUUGUGGUCAAUACAUGGGCAAUGAGAGCAUGUGAAUUGUACUAUGAGAGAGGAAACUACCAUAAAAACUCCUACAUGGAAUCCAUGUGGUUGGUCGCCAUAACUUUCCUUACAGUAGGUUACGGCGACAGGACACCCCAAAGUUACUGUGGAAGAUAUAUCUCCAUAGUGACGGGUUCCAUGGGCGUAAUAACCACCGCUCUUCUGGUGGCGAUUAUUGCCAGAUAUCUACAACAAACGAGAUCCGAGAAAUACGUCUUCAACUUUGUUUCACGUCUGCAGAUUGAAUACCGGAAGAAGACGUCCGCGGCAAAUGCUAUCAAAGCAGUAUUAAGACUUCAAAUUUUAAGGCGCUAUGGUGACGAAUACAAAAGUGAAAUACGAAAAUAUGAGGAUAAACUGAAAACGGCGUUGGAGGAAAUUAGAAGUGCCAAAGAAGACAUGGACCAUGUAGGUGAUGAUGCUGUAGGAAUUGUCGAUGUUGCACAUAGUAUGGAUAAAAUUGUGACCGAGAUCGAUCGAAAAUUUGCAGAGGAUAAAGUGAACCGAGAGCGUCUGCAGGUCAUUGAUCAUAGACUUGAUUCCAUCGAAACGAAAUUGAAUAGUUUAGUUGAUUUAGUAACAAAAAUGUCCAAAUAAGAAGUCUUAAUAAGCAUCAAUAAUUCGUAUUAAGAAGAUUUGAUUUCCAUCGUUUAGAAAAGUUUAGAGACCAAGUCCACUCCAGCUUAAUUGAUAUUUGGGUGUUUUUUGUGUACCAUUGGUAAAACGAUUAUGAUACUCAAACGAUCUCAUUCGUUAAGUAAUAUGUAUCCCAUUACAUUAUAUGUAAGUUAUCAAUCACGAGGGUCAUGUACGAAUGUUAACGUACCAAGAUCCAAGACACUUUUCAUUUGGCAUCUGUGUAAAACAAGGUCUUGUAUCGUGGUAAAAAAACAACAACAAAAACAUAUCCCUAAGAAACUCAGCUGAAUCGGAUCCAGUACUUUUCGUAUUAUAGAUGUGGUUCAAUAUACUCCAUGCUUAAUAUGAAAUAUGUUAUCCAUAACAGAUUACGUAGAACACAAUGUAUUAAUGACAGAUGCUUUUUGUAAAAGCUAAUUGCAGCUACCCAAGUCUUCAUUGAAAUAGUCUUCAUUAUAAGACGGUAUAAGUUGUUAAAAUAUACCCCUAUCUACUGAAUUGUGUAGAGCGCUGGCUUCGUGAUUGGAAGGUCACGAAUUCAACAAAGUCAAAUCAUAAGAGAAAAGUAGUGAAUGUUCUUUCCCCAACAUUGGACAUUAGAAGUUAAAGUCGCGACUGUUUUGGGCGAUGUCACGUGUUACGGCACUAUAAAGAACCUCAUAGUAUUGGCUACUAGUGGCCUACGAUAUGAAUAACAUUGGUGUAAAUUUGUGGUAUUUCACCUAUAACCGUAUUCUCGCAUUUUCUCGUUUGCCCACAGUUGAUCUCUGGUGUGCGUGACGUCUGCUUAUAAGUGAAAUAAUCCUGUUUGGACGUUAUAAACAGCAAUUAAUUAUCAGAGAUAUUUAGUUUGAUAGAAUAUACAUGGUGUCGACAUUUUCAUUUAUUUUAAUGGCUGAAAUUGAAAGUAAAGAAAUGUAUGAACAACGGAUCCGUUUUCGUUCUAAUGAAACGAAAUAUACAUGAAUUUGCUAAAAUUUACUUGCAUUGAUAUUUUUACGACCUGUUUUUAAAUGAGCAUUUAAAAACAACAUUUUUUAAGUCAUAUCUAUUGUGCUAACGAUAGCAGCUGGUUCACACCAAUUGAAAAACGCGCGUGCGUUUAUUAGUGCACCAUCUGUUGUCAUUUGCACAAUAUAAUGCAUAGACUUUUAAAAAAUAGUAUAGUACCAAACUGAAAUUAACCCUGUGAUUUCAGAUAUCCUAGAAUUCCCCGUGCUUCUCGUUCAGCAAGAGACAACGGCCAUGUUAUAUUUCCAUGAACAUUACUAUACUAGUUACUAGUACAUAUGAUUGUGAUGUCAACCUCGUUAUGUAGCUCAACUUGUUAAUAUCAACGUGAUAAUUCUGAUAUCUCACCGAUGUUACAGUCCAAAAAACCCAACAAAUUCAUAUUUUGAUGUUUCUCCAUAGGGAAAUUGUUAUAUUCGUCCUCGCCAUACAAGUUCAACCAAAUUACUCAUUAAGAAAUAAAAAGAUAGCAGUGUAUUAUGAACUUGAUUUACAAUAUUGUUUGAGAUUUAUUUCAAGUCAAAACAUUGUAAGGCUUCACAUGCAGUACGAUAUAACGAUUUGUCAACGGGAUAUUAUUAAAAGCGUAGUUUUUCAA